AUGUUGUUUCUACUGAUUUUUGUGCUGAUAACCCUGGCUUCUGCGACCGCCAAUAAUGUCAGCAGCAAACCAAGUGAUAACAAAGUCUCAAUGUGUCACGGUGGACAACCAGGUACAAAUGGUAUCCCCGGUAUGCAUGGCAUGCCAGGGUCCCCUGGGGCACCUGGCCGUGAUGGACGCGACGGAGCCAAAGGAGACCAGGGCAGUCCGGGAAAGACUGGACCUAAGGGACCAACCGGCGCAGAUGGAAAGAAAGGAGAUAAGGGAGAGUCUGGAACCCAUGGCGCCGUCGGCCAAAAAGGACAGCGAGGGGAGAAAGGCUAG